AUGGGCAAUUCGAGAAUCCAGUCCGACCGCUCGAAACUUAACGAGGCGUUGAGGCCAGUUUUGGAAUCUCUGCAGUUACCGACCAUUACAUUUACUCACGACAUCGCAGAGUAUCAAACUCUGGGCAACGAUACUGGAAACAAUGGCAUCCCAAAGCGUACGGAAGCGUACGAGCUGGAGGACAGUACACUGAUGCCGCUGGAGUUCGCACGGAUAGGCGUGAUGGCACCAUCAUCGGAGUCGUGCGAUGAAAUGAAAGUGUACUUGUACAAUCCUUUUGAAACGACGCCAGAAAGGCAGCUUUUCCUGUACAAACCACGAAACGGUUCGUCACCAUUCGCUCGGAGUGGCAGAAAAUUAAGGAUCUUUAAUGGUAUUCCGAUACGGUGUUCUAUCUUCCCCCGAAAUCCUACGUUACUGCCCCUGGACAGCCUUCCGGAAUCGUUUCGUAAUCUGCGCUAUGUACAGGAGACCGUUCGGGCAUCAAAUGGUUCGUGUGGGCUCGAUGGAAUGCUGCUAGGCAGUAUGGCCGUGGCGCUGAACUUUACGGCCGAAACGAUGGAUGCAAGUGACCGGCUAGAGUACGGCUAUCGACUAGUGAAUGAUACCUUCGUCGGUACGCUGGGCGAUCUGCUGUACCAUCGGACGGACGUCUCGUUUAACGUCCGAUUCUUAAAGUACUACGACACGGACGACAUCGAGUUCCUGAAGCCGAUCUACAGUGAUCAGCUGUGCAUCCUGUCGCCAAAAUCGUUGGAAAUACCGGAAUGGUUGGCGAUUUUCUUAUGCUUUCAUCCGUUUGUUUGGGCUACGUUCGUGACGAUCGGAUUCGUCGGUGGUUAUCUAUGGUGUGGCCUCCGUCGAUGGGCGCUGCGCAAGGUGCGAUUGUAUCGGGUGCAAUUGCAGAAGGGUGACACGGUACGGCCCUCGACACUAACGAUCGAACUGUGGCUAGUGCUGUUGGGAGCUAGCUCCAUACAUCUGCCUGUCCGCGGUAUCGAACGGUUACUGCUCAUAGUUUUCCUGGUGGCCAACGUCAUCAUCUCCGGAACGUUUCAGGGCACACUAACGACAGCGUUCAGUACGGUCACAUACUACGCGGACAUCGACACGCUGGUGGCGCUGGAUCGCUCGGGAUUAUCGAUCGGUACGUCGUCCCGUUCGCUGCUGGACAUCUUUGGUAACGUUAGCGGCAAUCCGUUGUACCAGUCACUUAAGAGCAAGCUGCACAUCCUGAACGUAUCGGCACGGAAUCGUGCAGCCUUUGAGCGGGAUCUGUGCAGCAUCGAACGUCGUUCGGAUGUUUAUCUGAUCAUCAACACGGAGUACAUGAGACCGAACGGGCAACCAAUGCUGCACGUAGUGAAAGAGUGCCCACGGGUGUACUCGUUGGCGCAUAUCGUCCGCAGCGGUUGGUCAUUUGCGCCGCUGUUCAACGAUGCCAUCAGUCGAUUCAUUGAGUCCGGACUGACCCGAAAGUGGUCGCUGGACAUCGAGAAUGCACUAACGGUGCACAAACGCAUCCAGCAAAUCAUCGACAGUCCGGAGGAGGAAACGCUUCGUAAGCUAUCGUUGGUGGAUAUGCAGACCUCGUUUUACAUCGUUGUUAUCGGUGUGGUGGUAGGUCUUAGUGUCUUUGCCGUUGAGCUGUUCAUUGGAAAAUGA